CUUUACCUGAUUCAAAAGUGGACGGUGCGACGUUACCAAACAGCGGCCGUCGCGCUUGAAUGACGUCACAUCCCUUUCCUGACGAAAACAAAUAUGGAGGAGUAUAUACGAGAACCUUGUCCCUGGAGGAUAGUGGACGACUGUGGGGGUGCUUUCACUAUGGGUGCAAUCGGUGGAGGGGUGUUCCAGGCUGUCAAGGGCUUUCGUAAUGCUCCUGCAGGCAUUGGAUACAGGCUGAGAAGUGGUGCAAAUGCAGUGAGGGUCAGGGCUCCACAGAUUGGAGGGAGCUUUGCUGUUUGGGGAGGACUCUUCUCCACAAUAGACUGCGGCCUGGUCCGUAUUAGAGGAAAAGAAGAUCCAUGGAACUCUAUAACAAGUGGUGCGAUGACAGGAGCCAUUCUGGCAGCACGCAGUGGGCCGUUGGUGAUGGUGGGCUCAGCCAUGAUGGGUGGAAUCUUACUGGCUCUCAUCGAGGGUGUUGGGAUUCUUCUGACCAGAUACACAGCACAGCAGUUUCAAAAUGCUGCUCCUUUUGCAGAGGAUCCCAGUCAGUUGCCUCCAAAAGAUAGAGGUCUGGGUCUGUAGCAUCAUGGAUCUAAGAUCUCUCUCACUUGUAAGGGUUCAUCUUGGAUCUACUGAGUCAGUACACAGAGUACGUGGACACCGUACUACUCCAUGAAGAUGCUGGACUUGUGAAGGUGAUGUUUUGCACUUGGAACUGAAAACUCAGGAAAAUACUUUAAUUUGCUGCAAAAAGAAGUAAAUGUACGAAUGGAUGGAGAAACAAACACAUCUGUGUGUGAUGUUUGUACCUCCAGCAUCUCCUUCAGGCCUUUGUGUCACUAGGUACUGUGGCGACCUGACCUGUCAGUGGAGGUCAGAGGAGACCAGAUCAAAUGUCCAAACUAAAUACAGGUUUUGCCCAAAAAUGUGUAUAAUUAGUGCUGAAAAUGACAAAUAACACUUUAUUUUGGUGGUCCAAAGACAAAAUAUAAGCUAUUAUAAAAAAAAUGUUUUGCACUAACAGCUUAGAUAAAGAUUAUCAGAGAGACUUUUUUUGUCCCUGUUGUAAUCAUAUUUUUGUCCAGGUUUGUUAUCAGCUUUCUAUCAAUCAAUGCAAUGUCACUUUAUCUAUGUGUUGUCCCAAUACGUGUGUUUUUGUGUGUUUUGAUACCAGAAAUAAAGGCAAAUAUUGUGAAGUAAAUGGUAAAAAAAAUGAUGUGUUUAAAAGUUAGGUAAGUUUACCUGUAUUUAUAUGUUAAGUGACGAAAUUUAUUUUUUAUUUAAAAGUUAAAUGGUUUAAAAGUUAAUUUUUUGGAAAUUUGUUGGUUUUGUAACACUAUUAAUUGUCUGUUUGAUUUUCUGUCUGUCUAUCACUCAGUUCUGUAUGUGUAAUGUCUUUCGAUUUCCAGUAAAAGCCCGCCCUCAAUUGUCGGAUUUUGGUACUACACAGUGCUGCUUCCGUCCAGGAUCUUGAAA